AUGGCGUCGUGGCUGUCGGCCGGCAGUAUCGACGAUGGCACUGUCGUCCGCCGUGUCAGCGCCGCUAAUCCUGCGCUCAACAUCAACGCUACCGAUCUCUUCUCCCCCUCUAAGCUCGAGUCUAUUUUUACCAAGGACGAGAGCUUACCGACCACCGACGAAAAUGAAAACCUCUCCUUCAUCCCAUCGCCCACUAAGGUUCCGGCAGUCAACACCAUGUUGGACGAGUCUACCCUUCCGUCAGACCUCUCUCAAGGCACAUCGAUCGCCAUUCAACCAAAAAAGCGCCAAUCACUCGGCACAGGAGAUUAUUUGUCCGAAGCCAGCCGAGUUAUGACAUACCUGCGACAAGGCCCCGAGCGCAAACGCUCAACACUUCGUCGCCAUCCUUCUGCCGACAUCGAGCCUUCAAUACUCUAUGAGGGACCCGAUCACCGGUGGGUCACACCUACAGACCCUGGUGAUCUCAGCCUGCACCUCGACCCAAUGCCGGUCUUCGACUCACAGCUCAACAAAAUCGAGGUUAAGGGCCCAACCGUGAUCCAUCACGAGAUUCAUGAGGAUGAUUUUUCUGCUGGCGAGGACGAAGAGGAGGUCACAGAUCCAUCACGUAGUGGAUCUGACAGAUCUGUUUCUGCGAAGUCAGAUACACCCGCUGUCCGUCCACCUUCGAAGCGUAUGGAUUGGACAUAUGAGGGCGAUUCGCCGGCUCCUUCAUCGCCUGCCGUCUCCGAGGAGGCUUUUGCCACAGAGCAGAGACCACCGAGCGUGGUACGCUCGCCAUCGAAGCAUAGCGACUGGGUUGAAAAUGCUGUCCCACAGAUGCCCUCAUCUCUUGAGCCCGCAGACGCCAUCGCCCCAUCGAUGAACCCGAUCGGUCGAUCUUUCUCGAAGCGUGUCGAUUGGGUCGAUCCCACCCUCUCCCAGGACUCAUAUCUGCUCAACAGACACGCGGACACUGUCGCUGAUGCUAAGGGCCCGACAGUCAUCCGCUCUCCUUCCAAGCGUGUUGACUGGGUUGAGCAAGCUCUCACCCAGCCUCCAAGUCCUCAAUGCGAGACGAUGCUUGAAGAAACCAGUGUCCUAGGCCGCAUUUUCAGUGCCCAGAGAGCUACACGCUCAAGUUUUGACGCCGUAGAGGAGCGGCCUCGGAUCCCCACACGACCGAUCAGAUCUUAUCCCGUUCCUCAAUAUGGCGCUCGCGAGCUCUCUGAACCUCCACCUCCUCGUGCUAUGUCUGAGUCCCAGAUUAUGAGGCUCCCACCUCGUCCUGCUGCGCCGACGCCGCCCAUAUCUAGGGAAUACAGCUUGACGACACGCACCCCUCAUGGUAAAAACUACAGCAUACUUAGUCUGACUCCGCUGCCUGACUUUACUAUGCAUGAGGACGAUCCGCAACACCCUGAGCGAAGCUUCAUUGACGAGCGCGCCCACGCCAGGGCCCUUCGUCAGGCUCAUGGAACCCUUGCACUCUCUCGAGAUGCGCUCAUCAAAGCCAUUACCGAUGCAUGCCCCGGCGAACUCUACUGGGAGAGUAUCCUGACCUUGGAGCUCAACGGCAAGGGCCUCACCACACUACACGGUCUUGAUGAGUUCUGUCCGAACCUCAUCGAGCUCAACGUGGCCGAUAACCAGAUCACACAUCUGCAUGGCAUUCCACCUUCUGUCCGAGUACUGAAUGUCUCGAACAACCCGCUCUCCACCAUAGUGGCUUGGAGCAGUCUCAAGAAUCUUCAGAUUUUGAACGUGUCAGGCAACCACCACUUCACCAGUCUUGACGGUUUCGGCGAUCUCAUCCACCUGCGCAGUCUCAUCGCCAACGAAUGUGCCAUUACCAAUAUCAAUGGGAUUCUGGAGCAUGAUGCAUUGCUUGAAUUACAGAUUCGAGGAAACAAGCUGAAAUCAGUCGACUUCGGUGACGCCCAGCUAAUUGAUCUCAAACAGCUCGACCUCAGCAACAACCAACUCCAGGCUGUCACGAACCUUCAACGUCUUGCCAAGCUUCGCGAGCUACAUGUAUCUCACAAUCAUCUCCGCGAGAUCAUGCCGGCGGGUCGUCGCGGACCAAAAUUGCUCGAAGAGCUGGCUGCAGACCACAACGAAAUGCAGUCCUUCAACUUCAAGCAGUUCCCCGGCUUGAAAGCGGCUUUGCUCGACAAUAACAAGAUAACACGGGUUCAUGGCUUCGGAAAAACACGAUACCUAGAAGAGCUCUCCAUCUGUAACCAGGACGCCACGAGCGAUCUCAUUAAUCGUAUCAUGUCCACCCCGAAUGACUGCUUCAAACUCAUCCUCUCGGGUAAUGCAGUCGCCAGCGGAUGCCUCGACAUGCCAGUCCUUCCACAGCAUAGCCUGCGCCAACUACAGCUCGUCGGUUGCGGUAUUAAGCAACUAGGAGCGGGCUUUGGGCAACUGUUCCCCAACCUUCGAGGGUUGAACCUUAAUCACAACCAUAUUUCUGAUCUCAGCGAUCUUCAAGGCAUGUUCAAAUUGACCUGCCUGAGCGUUCAACGCAACCGCAUCAAGAAAAUGCGACGCACUUGUCUUCUGCUUGCGCGAUUUCCAGCGAUCUCGGAGCUCGACAUACGCGACAACCCACUGACUAUGGCGUUCCACCCACCCGCGGGUCCCGGAGCCAAGUCUGACGCCAAAUGGCUUCGAACACUGGACGAGAACACGAGGAUGCGCCGUCGACUUACAGAGCUCUUGCUCGCCGAGCAUUGCAAAAACCUCCAGUCGCUUGACGACAUUGCUUUUGACAGAAAAAAGGUCCUGGAGAAGGAAGAAGUUUGGCGGAAAUGUGAGGAGGUGGGAGUACUGCAGAAGCAGUAG